AUGGUCGCCCUCCUUUCCUCUGUCGCCGCGGUGCUCGCGGCCGCGACCGUGGUCAGCGCCGCGCCCCACAUCGACCCGCGGCACAAGCUGCACGAGCGCGCGACGAUCGACUCGAAGACCCGCGAGGUGUUCGCGCACUUCAUUGUCGGUAUCGUGCCGGCGUACACCCAGGACGACUGGGUCAUUGACAUGGAGCUUGCUCAGCACUAUGGCAUUGAUGGAUUCGCGCUGAACGUCGGUGCCGACUCGUGGAACCACGACCAGCUCGACAAGGCUUACGCUGCCGCGCAGCGCGUCGGAAACUUCUCCAACUUCCUCUCGUUCGACUUCAACUGGUACAACGAGAGCAGCACCAAGGAGAUUGCCGAGCUCGUCAAGAAGUACGCGGACCACCCGAACCAGCUCCGCGUCGACGACAAGCCGUUUGUGUCGACUUUCGUCGGAGACGGGUUCAACUGGACCCACGUCGAGGAGCUCGUCGGACACCAGAUUUACGCCGUCCCGUGCUGGCGCGAGACGAAGGAGAACGCCGCAAACCCCAACGUCGAGGGACUCAUGAGCUGGGCUGCCUGGCCGGGACAGGCGAACAAUAACACCCCCGUCGACGAGCCCCUCAGUGGCGACCUCGACAUUCAGUACAUGCAGGACCUCCAGGCGAAGCCCUACAUGGCGCCUGUCUCCCCUUGGUUCUCAACGCACUUUGGCAAGGACGUUGCGUGGUCGAAGAACUGGAUCUUCAAGUCUGAGGACCUGUGGACCUACCGCUGGUACCAGAUGCUGCAGCUCGGCCCUCGUUACAUUGAGAUCCUGACCUGGAACGACUACGGCGAGUCGCACUACGUCGGCCCCUACAACCAGCCUCACAAGGAUGACGGAUCCUCGAUCUGGGCCAGCGGGCUCGUGCACACUCCGAUGCUGGACGCCGCUGAGCCGUUCAUCAAGGCGUACAAGCGUUCGCUCCCGGACCCCGUCGUCGAGGAGGACAAGCUCGUGUACUGGUUCCGCCCGCACCUGAAGACUGCGUCGUGCGACGCGACCGACAAUUGUGGCGCCAAGCCGACCGGCGCCGAGUUCGUCGAGGACGUGGUCUUCGUGACCUCGAUCUCGAAGAACGGCGCCAAGAUCGUUGUCCAGUCUGGCAAGGAUACGCCCUUCCAGUACGAGGUGCCCAAGGGCGUGCACACGUUUAAGCACAAGAUGGCCCCCGGCGUGCAGCAGUUCCUCAUCGAGACGGACGCUGGCAAGGCUGCUGGCGCGUCCAACCUCACCGUCUCGGACCAGUGCUGGGACGGUAUCUACAACUACAACUUCCACUCGGGUAUCGUCACCAUCCCCCCGAAGUAA